AUGAUGAAACUUGCCGUGGCACUGCUGAUUCUAUAUGGCUUCUCAAUCGACACCGAUGCAUCAUCCAUUCCACGCGGGAGUUUCAACGUAGACAGUGAGGUGCUGUUGGAGCUCCCGUUGACUCCUUCCGAACUCUCAGACAGGAAGGAAGAAAUCCCAGAAUCCAAAAGUGACAUGAGAUUGGUCGGAAUUGAAUACAGAUUUACGCGAGAGCCGACAAAGCUACCAACAUCAAAAGAACCAUCGGAUGUUCCGAGCCUGAUUCCAUCAGAAAUACCGUCAGAAUCGCCAUCAGAGAUUCCAUCUGAUUUUCCUUCUGUGUCACCAUCAACUCUUCCCCCUUCGUCGCCAUCUCCGACGCCUCACCCAACUCGACCACCAAUACGGCCAUUUACUCGUCCCCCAACACCCGAACCUACUAACACGCCCACUCGGCCUCCCAGUCGUGAACCAACUAGGAAGCCAACACCACAACCUACUUCCGAACCAACCCGAAAGCCAUCAACUACUCCCCCACCAACUCGACGACCAACGCGAGAACCGACAAGUCGUCCAACACGACGACCGACACGACGACCGACACCUCAACCAAUUCAGGCCCAAAGGGUAGAAAACGAUCUUGUUACAAGGUUUGCUGUUAUCGGAGAUAUUCCGUACACCCGUGAUCACGAGAGUAGACUGAAGCGUCAUGUUGAUAGAUUGGCUUCUAAUUUGGAAUUCUUGAUUCAUGUGGGAGAUAUUCGCAAUGCGCGCAGUGGCAGCAAAUGUACUUUGAAGGAGUAUCAAAACGUCGCUAGCAUCCUUUCAAAGUCUCCCAUCCCUGUUUUUAUUGUUCCAGGAGACAAUGAGUACCAGGAUUGUCCGAACUUUUCCGAGAGCUGGAGGAAUUGGAAAAGAGUCUUUGCUGGAUUUCAUAGGAAAUGGAACACCCCGUUCCGAGUCUUCCAGGAUUCUCAGCGCCCUGAAAACUUUUACUUUGUUCACAAGCGAGUGCUCUAUAUUGGGCUAAAUAUCGUCGGAGGCACAGUCCACAGUGCGUCUGAAUGGAGAUCUAGGCUGAGUUAUCAAUGGCGUUGGACGAGGGGACUACUGAACACUUAUCUGCCUUCGAAAGAAGCUUCAAGCGUUGUCAUCAUCGGCCAUGCGGAUCCAAGAAGUGAACACAACGCAUUUUUUGACCCCUUGAAGAACUAUAUCAAUGAUGAGGCAGGCAAUAAGGUACCGUUUCUAUAUUUCAAUGGCGACCGCCAUCGCUUCCAGCGUAACAAAAACUACAGGAACAGAAGCAAUUUCCAUAGGAUUAUGGUCGAAGGUGGAAGAAAAGAGAAUCCGCUCCGAAUGAAGAUCUCUGUACCGAGUUCUCGGGAUCAUGGAAAACUCAGCAUAUCAGAUAUCUACAGCUACAACAGGUAA